UUUUAUUAUGAAAGAUAACCUCAUUUAGGUUAUAUCUACGGGUGAAAAGGAUUGAUGACACACAAAAAACCAUUUGUUGCUCAAAUUCUACGCUUAUAAAUUGUUGGACCAUCCUAUCCUAUCCAAUUAAUCCAUAACCCCUUACUAAGUUGUGUGCUUCUUUUGUGAUAUAGUUAUGUCUGCACCAAAGCCCAAAGCCCAGGCCCAGGUUGAUUGGUCCACUGGCCUCUGUGAUUGCUUCUCCAACUUCGGAAACUGUUGCUUGACAUUGUGGUGUCCAUGUGUGACGUUUGGGCGAAUUGCAAACGUUGUUGACAAGGGAUCAACGACUUGUGGUGGUAGUGGGACACUUUAUACGGUGGUUUGUUGUUUACUAGGUUGUGGUUGGAUAUACUCAUGUUUGUAUCGGUCCAAGAUGAGACGAGAGUACAUGUUGAAGGACAGUCCUUGCUGCGAUUGCUUGGUUCAUUGCUGUUGUGAACCAUGCGCCUUGUGCCAAGAAUUUCGUGAGCUUGAAAACCGUGGUUUUGACAUGGCCAUUGGGUGGCAUGGAAAUGUUGAAAAAGGGAAUGGAGGAGUGCCCAAGGCUCCCGCAGUUCAACCCAUGACUCGUUGAGGACCACGCCUACGAUGCUUGCAUCAGAUCUCAUCAACAUAUAUCAUAUACUAAUAUAUACUAUGAUUCAAGAAUGUCUUAUUACCACCGUUUUGUUCAUUUAUAGUUGUGGUUGUGGUUCUUGUUACUUGUAUUUCUAUAAUGUUUGUGUAAUUUCCAUAUGUGUGCAUUUCCCUAUAUCUUUGUAUUAAAGAUAUGCUAAUGACAUGUAACAAUCUUAUUGCUAAUAUAAUUGA